AUGGCUGGAGGUUCCAUGAAGAACAGAAAGAAAAGAAACGCAGCCAAGACGAUCAGAGAGAAAGGGACCGUAUCCGUUGAGUACGAAUGUUCGCUGAAUCUUCUUCCUCACGACAUAUGGGUCAGGAUUGCCACGAAAGUUGCGUCGUAUUCGAUUAAGGAUCUGUUCAACAUGCACGCAACUUGCAAGGUGUUUCUGGGUGCAGCGAGGUCCGACGCUGUUUACAAGGAGGCGUCAAUGUUGGAGUUGCCAAUUGCAUCCUUUUUAUACUACUAUGGCCGACCUGAACACAGCUUCAUAGAAUGCUGCACGGAGGCAGGAAAUCCAGCUGCCCUACUCCGGGUGGGGAUGAUUGAAUUCGUCUGGAUUGGUCACUGCGUCGGUGGAAUGGAUACUCUGACUAUGGCUGCAACUGGGGGCGACCUGGAAGCCUGUUACAUGUGUGCGAUGCUGUUAUUGUCUCAUGCUAAGGAAGACGAAGAGCACAUGCGAAAGGGACUUGAAUUUUUUGAGAUUGUACGUGAUUCUGGGGCGCUCGAAAGGUGCAGAGAGGUCUUCAGGCAGGUAUUCGCGGAUCCGUGGGUGGAGGUUAAGCCGUUGGAUCCUGUAUUGUCCGAGGUUUGUCGGUCCACCAGUUGCCGCACCAGAGGCACCAUGGGUGAUGUGGAAGAUUUGUCCCAUGUCUCGUGUGUGCAGUGCCUGGCCGAUUACGAGGUUCGGGUGUUCCGGGAGUUGUUUGCAUUCGAAUAA